GGAACCGGAAGUGGUGGUGACGUCACUGUCGCUCUCAUUCCCAGCGCAGGACAACGAACGACUGACUGAUUGAGGAGAUUGAAAACUUUGACAAACUCUUCAGAAAAGCCGCUUUAAAGUUUAGUAAAGUUUCCCUCUGUGAUGCGCGGGCGUCUUUGAAGCGGACUGGCCGUGUGGCAGAUGUGGACUGGCUGUUAGUGGUGGAUGGAGUCGGGGUUCGGUGUCCAGCGGAGGGCCGGCGGUGGCUCGCCCGCUGUUGGAGCGUCGCAGCGCCGCAGGAAGAUGCCGCCGAGAGCCGCUGAUUAUAAACUGCAGGUGAUCAUCAUCGGCUCCCGUGGAGUGGGAAAGACCAGCCUGAUGGAGAGAUUCACGGAUGACACCUUCUGCGAGGCGUGCAAGUCCACUGUGGGUGUGGAUUUUAAAAUCAAAACGGUGGAGCUGAGAGGAAAGAAGAUCAGGUUACAGAUCUGGGACACAGCAGGUCAGGAGAGGUUUAACAGCAUCACUUCAGCGUAUUACCGCGGUGCGAAAGGCAUCGUGCUGGUGUACGACAUCACCAAGCAGGAAACCUUUGACGACCUGCCAAAAUGGAUGAAGAUGAUAGACAAGUACGCAUCAGAGGAUGCUGAGCUCCUAUUGGUUGGGAACAAACUGGACUGUGAGUCUGAUCGCGCCAUCUCACGACAACAAGCUGAGAGGUUUGCUUCACGGAUAUCAGGGAUGCGUUUCUGUGAGGCCAGUGCCAAGGAUAACUUUAAUGUGGAUGAGAUAUUCCUUAAACUAGUUGAUGACAUUUUGAGUAAGAUGCCUCUUGAAGUCCCCAGUAAGGAUCUGUCAAACAGCCUCCUGUCCCUUCAGCCCGAACCCGAAAUCCCACCAGAGCUGCCUCCACCUCGCAUGCGCUGCUGUUGAGACUCGCUUCACGCUUUAUUUAGAAACCCAACACCACCUUCCCUCUUAUAACCCAACACAUGCUGUUACAGACUCCCACCACCAGGGGUGAUGAGAUGAUGGCCUGUCAUUACCAGAGAAGAUGAAAGACAAAACGCUCAAUAUAAUCAUCCCUCACAAACCACAGACUGUGCAAUUUUACAUGCUCCGUAUUUUGGUACCUCUAGAUGCCAAUAAAGAACAUCCGUAUCAUCACUCCCACACAUAGAUGCAUUUAUUUUUGACGGCCCAUACAUACACUACCUCAUUUCUGGGAAGCACAGGAUUGCGUUUGUCCGACAUGUGCCUUCCUGAUCGGAAAAGCGUUGCACACGCAUCACAUGCAUGAAAUGAGUACAAACGAAUCAUAACCCAUCAAUUCCUAUUUAUAUGUAGUUUACAUCGUCAUAUAUUCUCGGUAGAAGCAAGAAACUUCCAUUUCUAUCGGACGACGGAUACUCUACCCUUGUCUUUCUCUUCUCGUCACGUUUCACAGGUGUUUUCUUACGGAAAACGUUCCCGCUCUCAAAUUAGGAAGCUUCUUUCCAAAUUGUUUUGGCAUUAAAAGCAAAGUGGAUGUAUAUUUCAUGCCAAGCGUAAUUCAUUUCUGUCGGCUGUGUUUAUGAGGUGGUUCGUUUGGCUUAUUAUUAAUGGCCAGCGUGGUUGGGUUGUCUUUAUGCCUUACGUUCUAUCAGUGUUACUGUUUUUGAGGUGGAUUUUGUGUUAUCCGUUGUGUUUUGCACUACAAUCCAUUUGUGGCUAGUUUACGAACAGCUGAAAUGCUGAAUGUUAGUGAAGGACCUGUGUACAGAAGAUUAACCUUAUCAUUUAGCAGCAGAGUUUUGUUGCUUCCUAGUCUUUUUUUCGGUGUCAUUUAACUCAAGUAGAAUAAAGGAAAGUCAAUAAUUUGGUGUCACACGGACUGAGUUCAUUGUUUUAUUCGCUGCAUCUGGAUUGCAGAACUGAAAUGCUCUCAGCGAAAGGGCUAUUUCUACGUGGAGAGCAGAUUGAGAGUAAAAAGGGACAUUGUUUUGAUACUCGGACAGAAGAAUAAGUGCACUUGUUCCUAACAACACUUCAGUUAACAUCACUAUGCUUCUGCGUUCCUGGACAAACCACUGACUCCACUGGAUUUACAGUGAAUUGAACCAUUUGCCUGCGUUAGAUGAAGGACUGUAGGAAUGAUAUAGUUGUGUUAUAUAGUAAAAUAUUACAGGUGUUUGAUGGGAACGGCUGUUUCAGCUGAAUCAGAUAUGCAGUAGCAACAGGUUUUGUGUGAGUUUAUGGGAAUAUGAUGCAUUUUUCAUAAAAACUGUCCUGAAAUAUAGAGGACUGACAGUGUUACUGUGCGUCUGGAACGACAUCUACAAAAAAUAAUAAUAAUUAUUGGGAGAAUUUCAUGAAAAAAAUCAUAAGACAAAUAUUGCUUAAAGAAAUUGGGUUUGUUUCCCAUUAUUUCUAUGACAAUUAAGCACUCCUUCCCUGUUCCAAUUGGUGUAAUGUGAAAAAAAAAUCUCUUUUAAGUAAUGGUAGUACCAAAAAUAUUACCAAUUUUUUUUUUCUAAAUAAAUCUAAUGCAUAAUUUUCUCUCUCAUUGGGUGGAAAUAUGCUUAAUUUUCAUGAAAAUAAAGUCAUAAUCCAAAAAAAUAGACUUUGGUAUCUUAUAUAAAAUAUAAAUUUUCUUUUUUUUUUACUCUUGGGAUUAAAUAUUUUGGACAGGUUUAAUGAGAUUCAGCGUAUGUCAAAUAAUAGAAAGAUGAUUUACGUGUGUAGUGGUGGUGUGUUUAUGUUGUUUGUAAUGCAUUAAUAUUCUCGUCCGAAACCAGUGUAGUAUUAAAUAACCAAUCUUGUGUCUGUUUUUGAGGGACUAAUGUUUGACUGUUGCUGAGGUGAAAACAGCUUUUUUUUGUUUUUUAUUAUUCUAAUAACUCAGUUUAACUCUGUUUUAUUUUCAGAUUUAACUUCUUUGAACUGUGUGUCCUUUGAAAGCUUAUAACCGACCUAAACCUGUUGUUUAUGUGUUAACAGUGUUAGGGAAAGUGUAUUAACCUCAAAAAGUUGAUGUUUGCAGGCUUGUGCCGUAUUGUAACCUUAUAAGAUACUCUAACCAUCCCCCGAUCCUUUUCACCAAGUGCUUUUUACUUUCUUUUGUCUGAUUGAUUGGCAAAUGUUUAAUUUAUUUUGGUUGGUAGUUGAUUUUCUUCUGAACCUGGAAGAAUUUUACUAAGCUAUAAACAUUAGUGCUGUCAAACGAUUAAUCGCAUUCAAAAUAAAAGUUUUUGUUUAUGUAAUAUAUGUGUGUGAAUUGUGUAUAUUUAUUAUGUACAUAUAAAUACACACACAUACAUGUAUAUAUUUAUAUUUGUAUAAUUUAUAUUAUAUAUAAAUAUAUUUAAUAUAUAAACAUAACACAUUUUUCUUAAAUAUAUUCAUGCAUGUCUGUGUAUUUAUAUAUACAUAAUAAAUAUAAACAGUAUACACACAUAUAUUAUGUAAACUUUUAUUUUGGAUGCGAUUAAUCGUUUGACAACACUAAUAAACAUUUUUUGUUUUGUUUUUCUUUUUUCUUAUUAUUUCUCUGUUUUAUUUACAGCAAAACGCCCCAAUAAUAUUUCCAUUUGUUGUGUGCGUGAAGACAUUUUCUCAAACCUUUGGCCUUUUUUUUGUUUUUAUUUAUAUUUUAUUUAGUUUGAAGCUUAGUAAGUCUGACAUGUUCUUCAGAAAGACUGUCCAAUGAGGCAUCAGUUGUCUUGAAAAAGUUAAACCCAACACACUCUUUAAACUCGGUAGAGUUUCUUUGUUCUGUUAGCAAUACAUGUUGCCUUUAUGAACCUUCAUUUUGUACAGAAUAGUCUUAGUCUUGGUUUAGUCUCUCAGCCAAACACGGUAUUUACUACAUUACAAAAAAAGAAAAAAGAAAUGAAAUGGAUCCUCAUUACACUACAAAACAGAAGAGUACUUUAUACGAAUAAUACGUUGAUAUUAGUUAUUUGAAACAGUUUGGCAUGUUAAAGCAGUUUUGUGGUAUUUAUAACUUGUGGCAUUCUUAAACUAAUGAAGUGCAAAUAAAGAUAUAUAUUUAUUACACAAUUGUGUGUAAC